UGCUCAGUCCCCACCUGGAUCGGUGCGACCCGGCGCCAGGCCCCGCCUCUCCCACCACGGCCCCGCCCCCGCCUGCGCGUUGUCGCCACUAGGCCCCGCCGCGCCCACCUCGCCGGCCGCGCCCGCCCCACCGGCCCCACCUCGAGCGUCCGCUCGCCCGGCUGCCGGUCUCGCCGGCUCUCGGGCCCGCCCCCUAAGACGUGGAGCGCCGCGGCCGCCGGAAGUUUGCCAAAGAUGAAAGUGACCUUGUCAACCUUGGAUACUUGUGAGAGUUCUUUCACACCUUUGGUAGUCUUGGAACUUGCUCAGGAUGUCAAAGAGGAAACCAAAGAGUGGCUGAAAAACAGAAUCGUCACUAAAAAGAAAGAUGGAGGUGCCCAGCUGUUGUUCAGACCGUUGCUGAAUAAAUAUGAGAAGGGGACGGUGGAAAAUCAGAACUUGUAUCUCGUGGGCGCCUCCAAUAUUAGAUUGCUGCUGGGGGCGGAGGCCGUGGGGCUGGUGAAGGAGUGCAGCGAUAACACCAUGAGAGCCUUUACCUAUGGGACCCGGCACAACUUCAAAGGCUUUGACGAUAACAACGAUGAUUUUCUCACAAUGGCAGAAUGUCAGUUCAUUAUUAAACAUGAACUUGAAAAUCUUCGAGCCCGAGAUGAAAAAAUGAUCCCUGGUUACCCCCAGGCAAAGUUAUACCCAGGAAAAUCAUUAUUGAGGCGGCUGCUCACGUCCGGCAUCGUGGUCCAGGUGUUCCCGCUGCACGACAACGAAGCCCUGAAGAAGCUGGAGGACAGCUGGUACACCCGGUUCAGCUUGCAGUUUCAGCCCAUAGACAGCAUCCGUGGCUACUUUGGGGAGACGAUCGCUCUGUACUUCGGGUUUCUGGAGUACUUCACCUUCGCCUUGAUCCCCAUGGCGGUCAUCGGGCUCCCGUACUACAUGUUCGUGUGGGAAGACUACGACAAGUACGUGAUCUUCGCCUCGUUCAACCUGAUCUGGUCCACGGUGAUCCUGGAAGUGUGGAAGCGUGGCUGUGCCAACAUGACCUACCGGUGGGGGACACUGGUCAUGAAGAGGCAGUUCGAGGAGCCCCGGCCAGGGUAUCACGGGGUCCUGGGCGUCAAUGCCGUCACGGGACGGGAGGAGCCGCUCUACCCCAGCUACAAGAGGCAGCUGCGCAUUUACCUGGUCUCCCUGCCCUUCGUGUGCCUCUGUCUCUACUUCUCCCUGUACGUGAUGAUGAUCUACUUCGACCUGGAGGCCUGGGCCCUGGACCUCCACGAGAACAGCGGGUCCGAGUGGACCAGCAUCUUGUUGUACGUGCCCAGCAUCAUUUAUGCCAUCGUGAUCGAGGUCAUGAACCGCCUCUAUCGAUAUGCCGCUGAGUUUCUAACCUCCUGGGAGAACCACAGAUUGGAGUCUGCCUACCAGAAUCACCUAAUUUUGAAAGUUUUAGUGUUCAACUUCCUGAACUGCUUCGCCUCGCUCUUCUACAUCGCCUUCGUCCUGCGGGACAUGAAGCUUUUGCGUCAGAGCUUGGCCACGCUCCUGAUUACCUCCCAGAUCCUUAACCAGCUCAUGGAAUCUCUCCUUCCCUAUUGGCUCCAAAGGAAGCACCACGUGCAGGUGAAGAAGAAGGUGCAGGCUCUGAAGGCAGACAUCGAUGCGACGUUAUACGAACAAGUCGUCCUGGAAAAAGAAAUGGGAACAUAUUUGGGCACCUUCGACGACUACCUGGAGCUGUUCCUGCAGUUCGGCUACGUGAGCCUGUUCUCCUGCGUCUACCCGCUGGCCGCCGCCUUCGCCGUGCUCAACAACUUCACCGAGGUCAACUCAGAUGCCUUAAAAAUGUGCCGAGUCUUCAAGCGUCCGUUCGCAGAGCCUUCCGCCAGCAUCGGCGUGUGGCAGCUGGCUUUUGAGACAAUGAGCGUCAUCUCUGUGGUCACCAACUGCGCUCUGAUCGGGAUGUCACCGCAAGUGAACGCGCUCUUUCCGGAGUCAAAAGCCGACCUCGUUUUGAUUGUAGUAGCCGUGGAGCACGCGCUCCUGGCCCUGAAGUUUAUCCUUGCGUUCGCCAUACCUGACAAACCGCGGCACAUCCAGGUGAAGCUGGCCAGACUGGAGUUUGAGUCUCUGGAGGCUCUGAAGCAGCAGCAAAUGAAGCUUGUGGCCGAGAACCUGAAGGAGGACGGGCAGGACGGAGGCAAGAAGGCGACGGCGACCUGAGCGCCGGCAGAGGGGGCCCCGGCACGGCGUUGCGGCUCCGGCCCAGACCCGGGGCUCGGCCACACGGAGCAGCUCCCCCACGGCAGGCGGCAGGCGGCCGGCAGCCAGGCCCCUGCUCCCGGCUGUUCCCCACCCCCACCCUGCCCCAGCCCCACACUCCACUCCACACGCCUGGCCUUGCUCCAGAGCCACCGCUGCCCUCCUGAGCGUCUCGGGUGGGCGGUGCCCCUCACGGUGACAGGUGACAGUCACACCCACACCCGGCGCAGCCCAGGGACCCAUGGAGUAGGGUGGCGGGCUGGGGUGUGAGCUGUUCUGAAGGGUGAAGGGUUCACACAGGGCAGCGUUUGCAAUGCCCAACGACUCUGCCUCAUUCCUGGUUCUACUCUGCAGUAAGUUAUGGCACUCUGUCAGCAGAAGCAGCAGUAACUGAGCUAUUAAAGGCAGCACGCUCU